UAAGGAUUUCUCUCACUAAUUUCUUUAGAUGGAUGUGGACCCCAGAGGAAAUAAUGGAGUCAGCACACACCAUCAUCAUCACUACCACCACCACCACCACCACCACCAUCAUCAUUUUGUGCAGCCACCAUAUCAAGUUCCACAAACACAGGCGUACCACCCUUACCCCACACCUGGUGGAAUGGUAAGUACAUUAAGCUUCAAUUUUUUCUCCAAAACAAGUUGUUGACUGUAGUAAAAGCAACCUACCCAGGGAGGGUGGAGGGCUUUAGUGAUAAUAAUGCUGGGUGGGCAUUUACAGGGUUAACACUCAUCAGAAACUUAAGUAUUUUCCUACUUUUCCCUGACCUCUAUGCAGUUUUUUGCAUUAGGUGGCUAAUAAUAAAAAAUAAUCCACAUACUUUCACUUGAGCUUUUUCCAUAGACCAUCAAGAGAGAAUAUACCGGUCUUCAUUUUUUAACUCUCUUUACUGGAGUUUAGGCACAAGGAAAAAACAAUUCUCUGACUUUGACAAUAUCAGAGAACUUCUCCCAACCUCGAGACUAUUUUAUUUUCCCGAUUUUUCACUGACCAUAGCAACUGUAAUUUACAGGUGUUGUAAGCUGUUUACCAUUAAGGUCUGAGUGUAUUAUUCCAUUUGCCGGUUUUCAUCAUCAAUAAAAUAGCCAUUACUUUAUGACAAAAUCUAAAUACGGGUUGUGACUGAGAAUAUUUUGAAUGGCAGAUCUUGAAUUUUUGCUGAUAAAAAGUUUGGUUCCUGAUGAGAUCAUUAGAUAAAAAUAUAGGAAGCUGCCACAAAGAGUUGUCUCUGUCCAUUUAAAAGUUUUAAAUUCACAAAAAUAAAUAGUUACAUUUCCUUUUUCAGCAUCACAGACACCACAGAAGAUGGCAUCAAAACGUCUCAUCGCAUUCGAGUUGGUCAUCACGACGUACACAUGCGGCACCUCCUCCCCCACCUUCCAUGCACCCAUAUCCUGAUCUACUUUAUCAUCUUAUAUCUGUGAUGUCAAUGCAGCCCAUACCAACACAUCCUCCAACCCCUGCAUGGGAAGAAGAAGUGCACCCUCGUGAAAAUUAUGAGGUAACUUUCUUUUGAUUGAUUAGCCUUAACCCAUCAAAGUUGUAAGCCUUUGGCAAGCCUUGCAUGGUUGGGCCGGAGAAGGAAGUGCUAUUAUCUGGACUCAUAAACCAUGAAUAAAAGGAGCUGUGUCAUGAAAUUCAUAAAAUUUCAAACAGUGAAACAUAAAAAUAACAGCUCAGAACAAGUAAACAAGUAAAGUUUUGAAAAUUUUAGAAAAUGACAAACCUAAGGUGAUGGUAAGCUAGAAAAGGUCAUGGAAAAAGUCAUGAAAUUUGAAGAACUCAAAAGAGUACGAACCCUGAUGAAGUAGAGAGUCAUGAAACAUCAGCCCCUUAAGGGAAUAAUGAAGUGAUUGUUUUUGUAAGACAUAAGACCAUUUCCUAGUUUUUGUGCUUUCUUAAACAACUUUCAUUCUUCUUGCAGACUCUUCUUAAUUUUGCUGAGCAGAUGGGCGAAGCAAAGCCAAAAGGGCUCUCUCGUGUUGAAAUCGAUCAGCUCCCAACGUAUCGCGUUACAGCAGCAUCAAAAAGUGAAGAUGACGACAAAAGAUGUGUGGUGUGUUUGGUGGAUUUUGAAGAGAAACAACUUGUAAGGGUCUUACCAUGCCAACAUGAGUAUCACACAAGAUGUAUUGACAAAUGGCUAAAGGUAUUAAGAUAUUUGAAGGAUUUUUGUGAAAUUUACACCUGUAGGAAUGUGAAAUCAAAGAUGAGUAUUUUCUGCUCAAUGUAGUACAAGGCACCAAAUUAAUGUGUGGCUUGAAAUUUUACAGGAUUUUUAUAUAGGCUUUUGUAAUUGAAUAUCUAACUGCCUACCUACAAUGGAGGACAAAAUUCUUGGGACCUUUCCCCCUCUCCCCUAAGCAAUGUUGUAGUUUGUGCACCCCUGUACACUUUACCCUGUCCUAAAAGUGUUUCUUCAUCCCAACAUUGUUUGGAGGGGGGAGGGGAGGGCCAGUCGCGGUAUCCAAGUGGUUAGAGAAGUGUACAUUAUGCUACAUCUGAACAUUUGAUAAGUUAAGGAUGUGGAAGGAAGGUUUUCCAUAACCGUUCCAAGGAUUUUUGUCCUCCAUUGUAGACUGCAAUAUAAGUAUAUUAGAAUUUUUUUGCUUCACAAUAAUUAUGUCACAAUCUUUGCUUGUCAGCAUAAUGUAUAACAGUCAGUCUUUUUCUUAUGGUGCCAGUAUUUUCUGCUGAAAGGGUCAAAAGUUUGUCUCAAGAGCUACAGCAGUCUGAAAACCAAACUCACAAAAAUUUGAUCCUACCACUGUAAAGACUUUAUAUAUAGUUAUGCCGCAAAGUAUCCAACAAAUGCUAAACUGUUAGUGGAGUGAGAAGCUAGUGUGUGUUUAUCAGUCUGUUUUAUUACAAUUUUGUCUAAAGUUGUCAACUUUCUCUCUUAUACUUGCAGUCAAACAGAACAUGCCCCAUAUGCCGAGCAGAAGUAAAUGUCAAUGCAGAGUGA